AUGAAUGCCGAAGCGCCGGUGGCUAAGACGGAAGAGGAUGGCACGCCCAAGGAGAAACGGCUGCCGAAGAAGCGUGCGGCCGUGCUCGUCGGGUACUGCGGCACCGGGUACCACGGGAUGCAGAUCCAGCCCCACGACCCCCUCACCAUCGAGGGUGACAUCUUCUCGGCCCUCGCCAAGGCCGGUGCCGUGUCGCCAGAAAAUGCCGUCGACCACAAGAAGGUCGAUGUGCAGCGUGCUGCACGCACGGACGCGGGCGUGCAUGCCGCCGGUAACUGCAUCUCCCUCAAGAUGAUUCUUGACCCGCCCGUCCCGCCUGAGUUCCCAGACCUUACGGCCUACGUCAACUCGUUCCUACCCGCUCAGAUCCGGAUGUGGGGCUUCGUGCGCGCCAUGAAGUCCUUCCAGGCGCGCACGGCCUGCGACUCGCGCGUGUACGAAUACCUGCUGCCGUCGUACUGUCUCCUCCCGCCCGCCUCGACGGACCCCUUUGCCCAGACGCUCGACGAGACGUCUCCCGGGUGGAAGGAGCCUCUCAAACAGGCUCUCGAGUUCGUCGACGCCGCUCCCCCCUUGACCGCGGGUGCGGAAGGGGAGGAGCUUGACCCAAAGCUGCGUGGCGAGUUUGAGCGCCGUCGCGGGUGGCGCGUUGACGAGGAAACGCUCAAGCGCUUCGAUGCCCUCAUCCAGCAGUACAAGGGCACGCAUAACUUCCACAACUACACUGUGUACAAGGCGUUCGACGACAGGUCUGUCAAGCGGUACAUGAUCCGGCUGGACGUUCGUCCUCCAGCUGUGUAUGGCGAGAUUGAAUGGAUUUCGGUGCAGAUCCACGGACAGAGCUUCAUGCUUCACCAGAUUCGUAAAAUGAUCUCAAUGGCGAUCCUUGCCUGCCGCACAGGUACACCCCCUUCGCUCAUCCCCGAGACCUUUGGCCCCAAGCGCAUCCACAUCCCCAAGGCGCCCCCUCUUGGCCUCCUCCUUGAGCAGCCGCAGUUCAAGGUGUACAACGAGCGCACGCGCUCGAUCCCGAACCCCGACGGCGAGCCCCGCGAGAUCGUCGACUUCAGCAAGCACGCCGAGGAGAUGCAGGCAUUCAAGGUCAAAUGGAUUUAUGACGCGCUGCGCCAGACCGAGCUCGAGACUAACACGUACCACAAGUGGCUCAAGCAGAUCGACCACGGGAGUACCAAGGACUUCACGUACCUCAACACCCGAGGCGUGAUCCCGGACGAGGCGUGCCAGAACCUUACCAGCAAGAAAUACGGUGGGCCAGGCGGGCAGCCGGUCAAGCGCUCGCUUGAGGGUGAAGCCGAGGGCGAGGAGGGAGGCGCCAAAGAGGAGGUCGACAGCGAUGACGAGGACAAGGAGAUUGACCGCAGAGCGCUUGAGAGUGGCGAGUUUGACAGCUGA